AUGGCAAUUCAGCCUGCUUCGGCCGACAUUAAGGCCCGGACUUCGAGGCCUCGGUCCGCAGCCGCCCCGCGAGGUGAUGUCGCAACAGCUCCACGAACUUCACGAAGACCGCCAGAUCGCAGCCCUGCUGCACCGAAGACUUGCCGUGGAGAUGCCAAGAGGCAGCCUCCGAUCUCGCCCCGGUGGCCGCUGCCGACAAAGAUCCCAAGCCCCGCUAAGGUUUGUACUAGCCCGGCACUGCCAGUGGCCGGAGCGUUGCAGAAAAGAUGUGCUGAUGCGGUGCACACGCUUCAUCGCUUGCGAGCACAGGACGAUGCCAUUCUGAACGAGACGAGACCACGGCCGGGCAUUCUCUGUCAGCCCCGUCGCCGGUCCGAGGACUUGGCAGCUGCAUACGUAGCUGCUGCUCGAGGCAUUGACAUUCGCCGGGAAGAGGAUUUCUAUGCUCCUCGAGGAUGUGGCCUUAGAAAUUGGGGAAGCUAG